AUGCAGAAACUUGCUUACUCGUUAAUCCAUCAUGCUCUGAUUGAGGUGCUGUUUAAUUUGUUUUGUGCCUUGUUGAUUACCAUUUCCUUAUGGUCCAAUCCUCGGAGUCGGUACAUCAAUUGGAUUCUUUAUCUUGGAUCACUUCUCCAUAUCACGGAUUUGGCUGCAUACAUUGCUGCAUGCUUCACCGGAGACUCCCAAUUGCGUCAGCUCCUAUUAGGCUUGUCCACGGUCUUCCACCCUCAAUACGAGAUUAUCAGACUCAGGAGUGUAGCCUCUCAGCUCUCCCGAACCCCAUACAUCUAUGCUCAAUACAGCAUCUGGCUCAUAGGCCUUCUCCAAACAGGCUGUGCCGCCACUCCUUUCUUCCUUCCUACACUCUUUCCAUCUAUUUUGCUACUGCAAAGCCUUGACACUGUUAUUUUCUUGUUUAUGUCUCAGUGGAUGUCGCGUCAGCUGUCCUGUGAGAGGCCUGAAUCCAAGACACCAAUUAAGAUGUUCCGAAGAGAUAGGGCUUUUUGCGUUGUGCUGGCUUUGAUGGGUGUUAGUUGUGCCGUCUUCCAGUUCGCGGUCGUCCAGUUGGAUCAUCUGACGGCUGUGAUGUCAAUGGCUAUGGCAUUCUACUCCUGGCAGCAUUGUUUUGUUGAUGUAUCGUCAAGGGGUCAGGAACUGCAGUCCGCCAGCUCGGAUAAUCUUGUGUGA